UCACCUCCACCUUGCCUGCCGCUCAGGUUUUCGGAAAAGUCGUCCGUGUCAGGUCGGCUCCUGCUGGAUGUUGUGAAGGGUGUGGAGGAGGAGCUACAAAGAUAUUCUGUGCAGACGAAGGCUUGGGGACCGAUAUCAGUGAGAACACCGCUGCCUGGAGCACACCAGAGAGCAAAUGUCUCUGUCACUGUGGCUGCACUGGCACACCUUCAAAGCUCGUUACCAGGGAUCACGGUACAGACCAUCCAAGAAGGCGUCGCAGCAGCAAAAUGGCCAGGACGCCUCGAGUGGACCAUCAUCCCCUCAAUAUCACAAACACCACUACUUCUUGAUGGCGCACACAAUGCAAAUGAUCACGCUCCUUUUCCGAGUACAUCAACACCUUACGGCAAAAGGGUCCAAUCACGCGGGUGAUGGCAUUCUCGCAAGGCAAGGAUCUGAAUGAGAUGUUGCGGAUAUUGGUACGAGGGGAUGAUUGUGAUAGGAUUGCGGCGGUGGAGUUUGGGGAUGUUGAUGGGAUGCCGUGGGUUAGGCCCGUGCCAGUGGACGAGAUUACGGAGGUAGUACGGGGGGUGCUGAAAAGCGGAGAGGAGAAGGAGGAUGUUCGGGGGGUUGGGAGAGACGAGGGGGCUGCGCUGAAGUGGGCGACGGAGGGCAAUCAAGAGGGAACGGUGGUGGUGUGUGGGAGUCUUAUCUCAUAGGAGAGGUGAAGAAGUUGGAGAGGGAGGAAGGUAACAAUGAAGUAUGAGAAGAGAUCUUCCAUUCAGCUAUGUAUCCACCACAUUCGUAUCAAAGACGGUUGAAACCAGUUCAUCAUCUUCUGGUUGCGUCCCUUGCCUUAUUACAACGGAUUGUACCGGUUC